AUGUGCUUCUCCCUCCCUUGCCCCGAAGACCCCUUCAACGAGCGCCAUGGCAAGAAGCACAAGACCGAAGACGCCACCGACACCAACGACGACCACAAGAAGAAAAGCAAGGGUUCCAAGAAGCAGGAGCGGGCCGGCGCGGGAGACUCCUCCACCGGCGCGGCGGUGCUGGGGGCGGUGGCGGCGAGGAGGGGGUGCCACGAGUGGGUGGUGGACCACUACAGCAACCCGCACAACGUGGGGGCGUUCGACAAGGACGACGCCGACGUCGGCACCGGCCUCGUCCACGCGCCCGCCUGCGGGGACAUCGUGAAGAUGCAGAUCCGCAUCGACCAGACCUUCGGCAGGAUCGUCAACGCCUGCUUCAAGACCUUUGGCUGCGGCUUCGCCAUCGCAUCCUCCUUCGUCGAAAUUGACAUGGUCGCCACCACCGACUGCGAGCGGGGGUCCUAG